CGCUUUGAAUCGCGGCGGGCCCGGGGCCGGGCGCGCCAUGGCACUCGAGCGGCCCGGCGGGGAGCGGGGCGAUGCUGCCGGCCCCGGCGCCGCCACAGCGGCCGGCCCGACGUGUAUCGCGGUUCCCCGGCCCCCCUCCAUCGAGGAGUUCACCAUCGUGAAGCCCAUCAGCCGCGGCGCCUUCGGGAAGGUGUACCUGGGCCGCAAGGCGGGCCGGCUCUAUGCCGUGAAGGUGAUGAAAAAAGCAGACAUGAUCAACAAAAAUAUGGUUCAUCAAGUGCAGGCAGAGAGGGAUGCAUUGGCUCUCAGUAAAAGUCCCUUCAUUGUGCACUUAUACUACUCACUUCAGUCAGCAAACAACGUCUAUUUAGUGAUGGAGUACCUUAUUGGUGGAGAUGUCAAAUCUCUUCUCCAUAUAUAUGGAUAUUUUGAUGAAGAAAUGGCUGUUAAGUAUAUUUCUGAAGCAGCGUUGGCUCUUGACUAUCUUCAUAGGCAUGGAAUAAUCCACAGGGAUUUGAAGCCAGACAAUAUGCUUAUUUCUAAUCAGGGACAUAUAAAAUUGACAGACUUUGGGCUUUCCAAAGUUACUCUGAACAGAGAGAUAAAUAUGAUAGAUAUCCUUACUACCCCAUCAACAGCAAAGCCAAAACAGGACUACUCACGUACUCCAGGACAAUUGUUGUCUCUUAUCAGUUCUCUGGGCUUUUACACUCCUCCUGUAGGAAUGAAAGUGCCAGGGCACAAAUCACGUCAGUCACCUGACAGUCUGCAUGGAAUGGUUUCUCCUGUACCUAUGGCUGAAAAGGAAAAUACCCCUCUUUCGACUAAGUUAUUCAAAACACAUCUGGAUAAUUCUCAAUUAACACCUGUGAUGCCAGCAAGGAGUUUAACUCCUUCACUGCUUCAGUCAAGAAACAGGUUUGGUACCUGCAGUGUCCGUAGGCAGUCUCACUCUUACCUGUCCAGUGUGGAGUCAGAAAACCGGAGCAGCCCCAGGUGGGGGAAAGAUGUAGAGCAAAGCGAAGAUGAACCUUGUUCUACAACAUGCAAAACCAGGAACAGUGGCUCAGCUCUCCUUUCAAAUGUUAUGUUGCCAAAUAGCAAAGGUAUUGAAGUUUUAAAGAAAGAAGAACUUGAGUCUGCCAUUUCUCCCAUUGCCAGCGAUGAUUCUGGCAGCAAGCAGAAGUUGGGAAGUGAACAUUUGGAUAUAACAGAUACUCCCGUGAGCACUCUGGAUGUGAAAGGCGUAGUAAGAAAGUGUAUUUCUGAAAAUAAGAUUUGGAAAGAAAAAGUCCUUGUAAAUAAAAGAGACAUGACUUACAAAACAGCAGAGACUUCCAGACUACAGCAGUCACUUUCAAGGCAGAAUGACCCUGUCAAAGAGGAAGAAAUGUUUGAAAAGCCAGGUGCAAAAAGAAGCUUUGAAUCAGUUGACACUAGUCCUUGUCAGGAGUUCAACUAUGUUAAAAAAAGCAAUGCAGAAUAUAAACGUGGCUGUCAGAUCUCAGAAUUUCCAGCAAACAAAGGGACAGGUUUGACAACAGAAAUGCAGUCAUUAAUGCUUUGUAGUGAUAGAUGCCUACGUGACAUCUGCAAAAGCAAGGAAGAAGUUGAGAGUUUUAUUAGUAACCAGGAAACAGCAGAAAGAUCACUUACUCCAACGGUAGCUAAAAAUCUCAUGUGUGAUCUGGAUGCAGACUGUGGAAAGGAUGAUGAAAAGGAGUACAUGAACUCGAGUUUUUUAGGUACUGAUGAUGUAAAACCUUUAGAUGUCUUCAGUGCAGAUUCUGACUUACUUCCUGAAGUGUCUGUUACAGAAAGCCAUCUAGAAAAACAGCUUUUAGAUUUGGACAGAAGUGUUAAAGACCUCUCCUUUGAGGAACCAAAACCUGAAGGUGUGCUAAUAACAUCACCAGAGUCCCAGGAUGCCUCAAAGAAUGGAGAGCAGGCACAUACAGUCCAGGACUGCAAGCCAUUACAUCAGGAAAAGGACAAUGACCAGAAACACGUGGAGGAAACUUGCCUUGACACAGUAUCUUCUCCUUCAGAAAAGAUGAUGGAAGCACUGAGUCUCUUAAAAAAAAAUGCUGUUGUUUUUCGGAGUUACAAUAGUCCAAUCAAUGUAUCCAACAUCUCUGAGCCGUGCAGCAUGGCUUCCUUAGAUAUAAUGGAUCUUUCACCUGCCUGCAGUGGCUCUUACCCAACAGCUCUCACGCCAUUACAGAAAGGAAGACCGUACCUGGCCUAUCAGACCCCGUAUCGAGGGGACGCUGGCACACCGUACAGGACUCCAAAGAGCGUGCGGAGAGGAGCUGCCCCCGUGGAAGGUGAACGCAUCCUGGGCACCCCAGACUACCUGGCACCUGAGCUGCUUUUGACACAGCCUCAUGGUUCUGCUGUAGACUGGUGGGCCCUUGGAGUUUGUCUGUUUGAGUUUCUAACUGGAAUUCCACCUUUUAACGAUGAAACACCAGCACAGGUCUUCCAAAAUAUUUUGAAAAGAGAUAUUCCCUGGCCUGAGGGUGAAGAAAAGCUGUCUGAUAAUGCCCAGAAUGCAAUAGAUGUUCUUCUAACAAUUGACACUACUAAGAGAGCUGGACUGAAGGAACUGAAGCAUCACCCCCUCUUUCAUGGAGUGGACUGGGAUAAUCUCCAGAAUCAAACGAUGCCAUUCAUACCUCAGCCGGAUGAUGAGACGGACACCUCUUACUUUGAAGCUAGAAACAAUGCUCAGCACCUGACUGUGUCUGGAUUUAGCUUAUAGCAUCAAGAUAAGUGAACAUUCUCCAUGCUUUUGCACACUUACAGGUUGUCUUGUAACCCUAGUUUGGUCUUGACUAAGUUUCCUUGCUGAAUUUAGUGUGUUUCAAGUUACCAGUCUAUUUUUAUUAUAGCCUCAUUUAUUCUAAAGUGAAACUACUGUAUGAAACUGGUGUCAAGUGCCUUCAUGCUGCUUAUCUCACUGCACCUUACUAAGAGGCAUUGCAUUUCUUGGAGCUAAUAACUCCUGGCAGCAAUGGGGCUUUUUAAUAGGAACGAAUUAUUCCAGUUAGGAAGUGUGGUAUUAUUUCCCAGCUAAACAUAAUAGGAAAAGGAUAUAAAGGAAUUGUAAUUGUAUCUAAAUAAUAACUUACCUAUUGGUGGUUCAGUGUGGUGGCAAGCUGGUUUGGGAGCAGUCCUUUCUGAUCAGUGUGAAUAUAUACCACUGUGCAAAACUGGUCAUUUCUAUUCAAGGUGGAAAAUUGAAAUCUUAAUGCAGCAUUGAAAUGUCUUGUCUUCUGUUUGUCUUAUUCCCAAGAAGGGGUGAGAAGCUUCAGUGGUGUUCCAAGUUAAUUUGGCUAGAAGUGGCACAUGAGACUGACAGGAGUUCCUCUGAUUAUUAUCCUGUCCUAGAGAAAUGGGCAGGGAGAGGAUACUUGGGGCAAGCCUGUUAAAUGCUCUGCUCAAAUCGUGGUGUUGUAAGCACUUGGGCUGUAGGAAGCUGAACUGAACAUGCAUUUUAGCAAUUACUGGUUUUAUACAGAAAAUGCCCAGUCUGUGUGUGUGUGCUCACUUGUCAGAUGACAAGUGACAGGUGAUUUUUGUUUUCUAGCAAGUACUAUUCAUACUGAAGAUGCAAAUAUUAAAGACCAUAAUAUAUUGUAGGCUAACAGACUGUUCUGUAAACUCUCAGGCAGAGCUUGGGUUUUGACUAGAAUAUUAGAAGUGUAAAUUCUGUAUAAACCUGAAUUAGGGGGAAGUAUAUUUAAAUGUAUCUUUAAAUGCAAUACAAAACUUGUAUCUGCUAGGUUUUAGAGGUUUAUUUGUAGAUAAUCCUGUUUAAAUCAUCUUCAGUAUUUUUCUUGCAUAGGUAUCUCUAACUUAAAGAAGGUUUUAAUUUUUCAGGUUAAUACAUGUUAGACAAAGAUCAUUUGUUCUAGAUGGUGUUGCCAGCCAAGGGCCAUGUGCCAGAAGCCAAGCAUUUUGCCAGUGAUUUUUGCUGAGUGCCUUCUGGUUUCUUGGACUCUUUUUGUAGCUAGUUGUAAGUUGGUAGUAAGCUGUCCUUUCAUUACCCUGCUUCCUGGAAGACAAGAUUGAUGGAAUUCUGAGCAAAAUAGUGUUUGCUAGGCUUCCUGCUGUCCCCUCAGGUUACUGGGAGAGGAAUGGGAAUGGUGAAGAGAAAGGAAGUUUCCUAGAAAGGCCUAACAGGAGCUGAUUCUUAAUAGCUCAGAAUGACCAAUCCCAGCUCUUGGUGUGGUAACUGAAAUUUGUGAAAGGGAAUCUUGGCAAGUUGCAGAACAUAAGUGAAUCUCACUCCCUUUGCUAAGGACUGCAGUUUCAGAAAACUUGUAAAUUGUUCAGUCUCACUGCAGCUGUUACAUGAUGGAAAAGGUGCAAACAAAUUAAUGCACUACUGAAGCAGUAUUCAGACAACAUUCUCUGAAAGUGAUGAGAAGUUCUUUAGUGGUUUUCCUGUGUACAGUUAGAAUAUAUAAACUGGGGUAGGAGGGUACCUUAAUCACUAGUAUUUUAUGAUAUUUAUUCUACCAUUUCUAGUAAUCUAGUUUAAGAAAGCAAGUCUUACAAGAAUUAACUAUGAUUACAUGUCGAAGAAAUAAUAUAAACCAAACACUACAACAGCUCUUUGUCUUCAGUGCUUUACAAAUGGUUACACCUGUUCCCAUUUGGAAAUACAAUGCAUUCCCAUCAAGGUGGGAUAAACUUGGUGCACUGGUAUAAUCUUUUCUAACCCCUUGAAAUAGCUCUUAAUCAUCUACAAGGGUCAAGCAAGCUUCUAUAAAAACCUUAUCCUGAAACAAAAUCAUAGUGUUUCUACCAGUUGAUUAAUGCAGUACAAAACCAGAAUCUGUAGAACAGUAAAUAGGCCAAUUGAAAAAUCUGAAUGUUUAAUAUGAACUUAUCGCUACACUGCUGCCCAAAAUUUAAAUUUCACACAAUUAGCCCUGAAAAUUUUGCAAUACCCUCUUCUUCUCUUCAUUAUCGUGCAUUUAUCCUGGUUAGAGCAAACAUGGAAUUGAAUGUGAGAUGUUGAUUGUUGAGAUCUGUGGUUUUGUUUGUUGUGGGGUGUUUUGGUUGGUGGGGUUUUAUCUUUUGUAAAAAAGGUGAAUCCUACCUUUAUUGUUCCACGUGGAGCUGCUUGUCAACUCAAUCCCAUUGGUUUUGCUCCACUUGUUGCUUGACUUGGAAUACUCCAGGGAAAAGUUUAAAAGGUGUAAUGUAGUAGCUGGAAGGGAUUUAGAGUUUCUUCUCAUUAGUAAUGAUCUACAAAUAAUUGUGUAGGCUGGCAGAAGUUUCUGAUCCUUAGAAGCUGUGGAAUACCACUUGGCAAGUACUCCUCUGCUGCUCUGUGGUGCUCCCUGAAGGCCUGAACUUUCUUUAUGUGAAUAACCCCAGUAAGCUUUGUAGCUUCCAGGUUAUCUUGGCAGACAGUUUGUCUCCAUUAGCACAGUCCAUCUGAAAGCUACUGGAGAGAAGAGUGUUGCACUUUGUCAGACAGAAGCAGCAGCCCUGGACAGGUACUCCCAGCCUUGUGUGCAGUGUCUGGGGGCCAAGGGGCUGCGGUGCUGCCAUGUGUUCUUGAGCUCAGAGGUUCCAGUUUCAGCAUGGUCGGGUUUAUCCAUGGUUACUCUGGCAGUAAAAUGCAUUCUUUUCCUCUCUACUCCAUUCUCCAAAAGUUCACUUUGCACUUAUUCACACUUCAAAAAUUCACUUUACUUUUCUGUAAAUAUGUAAAAUAAAACAGUGCAGUUGUGCUGCUGCUUCUGCAUAUUGUUUUUCUUUUAUGGUGUUACUUUUUCCCUUGCUGGAGUGUGGCAAAUGGAUUUCAACAGAAAGAAACCCUGAGAGCUUCCCACUACCUCAGCAAAGGCAGUGAUUUUAAGUAAGGAAAUGCCUAAUACUUCCAGUACAGGUGUGUAUGCCCUUCAGCUAGUUCAUAACUUGCUAGCCCAUGCCCGCAGGCUUUGGUACCAGCUGCAUUUGUGUACUGAAAUGGCAGGAGAGCAAAGUCCUGAGUAACUCCUGCAAGGUGCGAGUCUCCUCCUCUGCACAACUCCAGUGAGUCAAGAAAGGAUGGUGGCUCCAUCUCCUCAGCACCUGCUGUGCUGCCACAGCACCAGAACAGAAGAUGCAGAGCCCUGAGGAUGGAGCAGCUGCACCACACACACACUUAGACCUGGCUCUGCUUCUGUGCUUUCAGCUGAGCAGCUCUGAGGGGGUGGAAUGUCUCAUCUGGUCUGAUACAGAGCAAGCUUCUGCCUUUCAGGUGAAGCUUGAUUUGCUGCAGAAACCAGCUUGAUGAUUUCUUCCCACGUGCAGUUUGGGGCUGGAUCUGGCCCUUUGCAGUGCUAUGCAGAACUGAUUUGGCUCCCAGCCCUCCUGAGGAGAGCGCAGGCUGAAGCUAUGUAUCCUAGGUCAGAGCUCCAGCCAUCUGCUUAUGCUGCUGCCUCCACAUCAAAGCUGUGUCUCUUUGCACUUGGGCAAAUGAUAAAAAACCAAAACCACCAGUUUUCCUUACCUUUAAGCUGAAAUACCUGCCAGCUAGGAACCUGUUCAAAUUACUGUGAGUUUGAGACAGGCCCAGUUCUGAGUCACAAGUGAAUUGUUACUCAAGUGAUGUUGUUUCGUAUUACAACUUUCAGGUUGUGACUGAUUCUUCAUGAUACAGCCAGCAGGCUCUUGUGUACAGUCACAGCUCUGAUGUACAGCAUUUAGGAAAUAUUAAGUUCAAGAUAAAAUACAAAAUAUUAAGGGAUUAAUUUAUUGAAAUAUGAAUAAAUAAUAAGGAUAGUACAAGCCUACAUUUAUUUCAGGGGGAGUUAACAAUUAAGUACCUUUGGGAAUGUCUGUCCCCUCUCUAAGAGCUCGACCCCUACAGGUGACACGGUUCUGAGCUGUGGGAGGCACUCCAGGGUGGUUUGUCCUGGCAGAAGACAUGCUGCUUCAGGAGGCUGGGGUUUUCAUGUGAUCUUCAAGCUCCAGUGUCCUUCCUGUAUGAUUUCUGUCCCUUUAUCAUAAGAAAUCAAUCACUUUAGGGAUUUUAAGCUCAGGUACAAUGACUUCAGGUCCCAGCAGAACUUCCCUUCCAGGAUAAGCUUUGUUCAAACCUGAGCUUUCAGUACAUCUCAUGCCAAAACUCAUCUCUGGCACAUGAAAUCAUCUGCUUGUUACAGAAGUCUUUGAAGAGGUUACAGCUAUUAUAUUUCUUAAUUCAGCUUUACAAUAAGAAAAUCAGAAAAGGGGAAAAGUAACUAAAAAAAAUCUGCAUGUAACUAAAAAACAAGAUUAAAAUUUCUCUGGUAAAACCAACAUUAAAUUCUGUGAUUACAUUUUUAUACAGUAUAGCUUAUAUGAAAAAUGUUUUCCAAACUAUAAAAGAUUUUCAGGAAGGACCAAAAAAACUUUCCUUAAAAAUUAUUUGUAGGAUGUAGUCCUGGUGGAAAAUGAAAGCACAUCAACAAUGGUGAAAUUUCUGAAGAUUCAGAGCUUUAACCAUGGAUUAUGUUGUGAUAUAAUUCUUCAUAGCAAACUCUAAGUUUUCUGUCAAAUCUAAUUUUAGUGCAUUUCCAUUUUCCAGAGAUUUAGACAGCUUAUAUAUUAAUUUAUUUUAAAAUUAAGUGUAAAGCAUGCUUUUGUCAAGCAAACUUCACAAGGUUGUACUUCUAUCCGUAUAUGGGUUAAUAAAUAUUCUGUGGGGAAAAGAAAAAUAUCAGCUCCAAAAUCAGCUGAAAA